GGGGACGGGGAGGGUAGAAGUGAAGGAGCCAGCUCUCUGCCAUUGUUCUCCUUCUGGAGGUCCGGGGACGGGACGGCGCUGGUUGGGAACCCGGACGGCGCUCGGUCGCUAUGACGGGCUCCGGUCCGAAGCUCGGGGUCCUGCUACUGCUGGCGGUGCUCCUGCAGACGGUGGUCGUCACCAUCACCGUGCUGCACUUCUCCACGGCUCUCAACUCGAUGAAGGAGACGUUCGCCAGGAGCAGCGUUUCCUGUCUGACGGGCGCCGACCUGCAGAGCGUCACGGUGGUUCGAGGGGACCCGUGCUGGCAGGUCACUCAGCAGCUCCACCUGCUCAUCGAGAAGUCUCUGUCUCAGCGCUACCAGCGGCAGAUUUCCUCGGCAGUAAGAGAUGAGGUGUCUCGGGUGCUGCCCUCACUAGUGAUGGAGGACAGGGCUUCACCUCGCCCCAAAGUGGCGGCUCACGUCACCGGCAGCUUCGUGCCCAAACACGAGCGAGAGGGCAGCGCCCCGGUCUCGGCGGGGGGGCGGCGGGUUCAGGGCCAGAAGAUCUCGUGGUGGGAGGGGCAGAAGGGGCUGGCCUUCCUCCAGGACGUCCAGCUGGUGGACGGCGAGCUGGUGGUGCCGCAGCCCGGCCUCUACUACGUCUACGCCCAGACUUACUUCAGACACACGGCCUCGCUGGAGGAGGAGGGCGAGGAGGGGGAGGAGGGGGAGGAGAGAGGGAGGCCGCUGCUGCAGUACGUCUACAAGAAGGUGAGCUCCUACCCGGUUCCCAUCCUGCUGAUGAAGACGAGUCGGACCUCCUGCUGGUCCCGGGGCUCCCAGUUCUCUCUGCACUCCGCCCACCAGGGGGGGCUGUUCCCGCUGAGCGCCGGCGACCGCCUGUUUGUCACGGUGACCAACGCCUCCGCCGUGGACAUGGACGAGAAGAGCAGCUUCUUCGGUGCUUUUCUCAUCAGCUAGAUGACCAGCAGAGGGAGCUGUGGUCACGUUUGUGUCGAUCUUUGACUCCGCCUCCCCACUCGGGAAGUGAAAAACUGAAGCUAGAAGUCGCGGGUUUGUUCAGAAUCUCAACCGAACACUGGAGUUGUCGGUGAAGACUUAAGACGAAUGUGAGGUUGUGUAUAUGUGUUGAUUUAAAUGUGAACGAGUGAUCGUGACCAACAGAGACAUUUCUUGGACGCGUCCGUACACUCACGUAAAGUCGUGCACUUUUGUUUAAUCUACUGCUUCUUAGUCACGUUUGUACGACAUGGAGUUCAAAUCGAGCUGCAGUUUGCAUCUGCUCUUUAAUUCCUGCCACAAGUGGUUCUUCAAUCCGCAGAACCCCACGUAUCAGUCAGCAGCGUCUUCUCCUCGGCUCAGAGAUGGAUCCUCUCUCUUGUCCCAGGAGGGUUCGACUUUACAUGUUCAUUUCUCACAUUAGAAGCGUACACAUGCAAGCAACAUGUGCCCAGUGGACACAUGGUCGUAUUUACAUGAUCCCGAAGGAGGACGUGUGUGUGAAGUCCAAAACCUCAAAACCCAGAGUUGCCUAGUUUUGACUGCAGGCAACUUAAAAGUGAUGCUAGAAAAGUUUUAGUUAUUAAUGUGAGGUGGUUUUACUUCAGCGUGACCUUAUUAAUUAACUCACCUUUGGCAGACUCUAGAUUCUCCACAAGGGGGCACUGCUGAAGAGAGAAACAGUCACAGCAACGGUUGUGUACUUUGUGUGACUGUAAUCAUUUGUUAUCCAUUUCAAGACAAAGGUUCAUUGUUUUCUUCUGAGAACUGUUUGUGCGUAACCUUUCUCAGAUGCUUCCGCGUUAAAUGUAAGACACGGCGAGGCGCUGACAUCCGCACGGGAAGAUUAAAGCAGCAUCUUCAUCACCUCAUCCUUCACGGGUUUGUAAAGUCAAAUUCAAAACACUGCCGCUGGUGUUUUUGCUGGCAGCCGCAUCACAGCCUCUCGCUCUGCUGUCAGGCGUCCAGCUGGUGCAUUAAACGCUGCCUAAUGGUUGGUAUUCUUGGGCAUUCAUGUCAUGUUGGAUCAGAUGCAGAUGUGACCUGCAGACGUGGAGAACAUCACUCACAACGUGGGGUUCUACUUGUUCUUUAUUGGAGCUCUGCUGCCGUCCAUGUGGCGCAGGGAGCUGCUGGAGUGAGAAAACUGCAGCGAAGCCUCAGAUUCACAAAGAAAAUCACUAAUUAUUGAUUAUUUAACUGAAGGAGAACUGGAGGCAUCAGAGAAUAUAUAUGAUUGAAGAUGAAAUUCAUCCUUAAUGUAGGAAACACAACUGAACAUUUCUCAUCAGCUGAAGAAGCUGCGAUAUAAAAUACACUAAAUGAUCAUCUGCUAAUCAAAAUGUCAUAUUUAAACUUUAAAUGCAUCCAUAGCAAAUCCAAUAAGUGGAUUUUAAACAACAGCACAAUUAUUAAAGUCAAGAAUUAAGUCAGUUAUAUUCACUGGUUCCUUCAGCUCUACUUCUAACAAAAGUCCCCAAAUUCUUAGAAAAGCUUUUUGUAAUAAUCAAGAGUCCGACCUAUAUGUGGGGGCAGAUACAAAUAUUUGUUAAAUGAAAUAUCGAUAUGUACAUGUUGUAAUGUUAUCAUUCUUUAUGAUCGUUCUAUGUGCAAACUGUCAAAAAAUAAUUUUAUAUUGGAUAUAAAUAAUAGGCAAAGAUUGUACAGUUUUACCAUCAAACUUAAUUAUUAAUUACUAUAAAUAUAUUGUUAAAAGAAAAACAAACAAAUUCGACCAAAUAUAUAGAACUAGAAUUAAAAAGUAAACCUCAACUAUUUUAACGUAAAAUACAAAAGUAAAUCCACAUCUUCUCUGCAACAUUUAUAGUCAAAGUUUAUACUGUAAAAUCGUUUUUUAUAUCGAUGCAUCAACACCAAAACUAUUUUUAUCAUCCACAUAUCGGUCGGGCUUUGGUCAGAAUUUCCCAUAAAGAUUCACGACACCAAUAAGACACGAAGGCAGCAUCACUGUAGCAUUUCUGUAAAUAAAAGUUUUCUUCUCAGUGUCUUGAUUUUGCAACGAAUGUGUGUACAUAUAUAUUUGAAGUGGUUUUAGUUUUGGUUUCCACAAAAAUUACUUUUAACACUCGAGAUAAAUCUGUUGUAAAUGGAAGGAGCACAAACACCUGAGAACAAGAAUCCGGAUCAACCCAAAACACGAUGAAAAAUGUAUUUUUGUACCAAGUAGAUCGAAAACAAUGUGAAUGUAAAUAUGAAAAUGUUUUGUCUGUAAAUAUGUGAAAUAAAGACACUGUUAAAAAAGUAAAA